GAUGUACAGCACGAAAUCAAAAUGGCAGAUAGGCAAAAGAUGUUGACUGCUCAGAAUGAUGUCCAAAAAGCCCCAAAUUUAUCGAUAAAACUUCAUCCAACCCUAAAAUAAUGCAAAAGGAAACUGAGGAUACCCAGGACUUCGAUGGGCAGGAAGUUGAUCAAGAAAUUCCUGCUGAGAGUGCCGAUAAGAAAAAAAGGUUCUUCAACAAAGAAUUGAGAUGUAUGAUGUAUGGCUUUGGUGAUGAUCAGAACCCAUAUGCUGAAACUGUGGAUCUACUAGAAGAUUUAGUUCUUGGCUUUAUUACAGAUAUAACCCUGAAGUCAACCCAGGUAGGCCGACAAGGCAGAGUUCAAGUAGAGGAUAUCAUCUUUCUCAUCAGGAAAGACCCUCGCAAGUAUUCCAGAAUCAAACAGCUUCUACUGAUGAAUGAAGAACUCAAGAAAGCUAGGAAGGCAUUUGACGAAGCCAAUUAUUAGUGAAAAUGUCCUGUUGAACUGUCAAUCAUAGAAGAUGAUAUGGGUACUAGGACGGAAGUUCCGCUACUUUAGGAAACUGAGCAAAGGACCCAUAUCUUAGAUAAUUUUUCUGGUGAUUCGACAGCUGUGAAUUGUAAGAACUGAAAUACAGCGAGAUAGUAUUACAUGUAGGAGUUUGUUUUAUUGGUGUGGAAACUAUAUAAAGGUUACGAUACAGUGGCUUGCAGUACAUAUUUAUCGCUGCAUUUCUUGAUGACAUCCUUAGAUUCGGAACCUUCGAAGGAUCAGCCUUGCCGAGGAUGGUGAAAAGAUGCAAAGGUGACGCGGGUCACCAGCGAAUGAACUACCUGUACCAAGCAGCCCACUGCACCCUGGCACAGAACCCUGGGAACACUCAGCUGGCCAGGUUCUACAUCGAGACCAUGAAGAAUGUAGCAGCAAAGCUCGUGCUAAGACUUGAUCCUCAUAUCAAGCGUACUAUAUGCAAAAAGUGCAGUUCCCUUUUGAUCCCUGGGGUCACUGCUACUGUCAGGGUCAAAGGUCGUAGGCAGAAGCACGUGGUAGUGACAUGCUUAGAUUGUAAACAAGUCAAGAGGUUCAAUACGGAUGAAAAGCAUGUUCUGUGGGCACAUAAAACGGAAGCCAUUCAAGACAAGAGCUGAUAAAUCGGCUUUUAAGUGUAGAUUGCCAAAAGAAACUCGUGCUAAGAGGAUGCGCGCUACUGCGUACUAAUCAAUAAGAUUGUGCACAACAUAUCAUGUGCACGGCGGCAUUUCUGCACGACUCUAAUUCACACUUAUUUGAAGUUAUUUCUUUGUGACCAACAUCCCCCCCCCCCCCCUCCCGGUUAUGUAAAGAAAGUCGAAAGUCAUAGGUAAAAAGCUGUGACUUGGAAUAUUACUUUGUGUAAGCAUGAAUUAUUUUCAUCUGAUUUCUUUAUAGAAUGUAAGUUUUGGUCCCAGUUCAUAAUUUAAUUCAUUUAAAGGGGUACUCAAGGUUUAACAUCAUAUGAUUUGAACAGAUAAAGAAAAAUCAGACAAAACACUGAUCAUUCGAUCAGAAUCAGACAAUGAAUAACAAAGUUAUGGCAUUUUAAAGAUUUGCAUUAUUCUAAUGAAACAGUUCUAGGAAUGUCUUUAUAAAUAUUCAAUGAGCAAACUGAUGAUGAAA